CAAAUCACAGCUGCACAACAGGAGCUGGAGGCGGCAGCUAAAGCAGAGACAAGAUUUCCCCACCUCCCCCACCCCUUCCCUUCAUUGCGAGCGAGAGCGAGCGAACAAAAACUCCAACCACCAAAAUAACCCAUCCAACAGCAACCCUCCAGCACACGCCGCCCGCUGCUCUGCCUGGAAAGUUGCAGCGGGCUCCGGCUCCGCGCCUGCAGUGGAGUGCGGGGGCCGAGGCUCAGGACUUACAAACCGACCCCAGCCGGGGCACAGAAUCUCUCCUGCUUUUUCCUUUGCAAAAGAGGCCAACCUGCAACGCCAGCAUUGCGGUGGGGAGGCUCCUGCUGCUGCCUCCUUCCUCCCCUCCUCGCCCGUGGGGUUUUCUUAGCCGUGGGAGCCUCUGCAGCCUGCAUUGCAUUGCAGACACCGCUACCCCGCGCCUCGCGGCCCGGGUGCCCCCGCCUCCUCCGCCCGCUUGGCUCGGCUGCCCUCCGCCGCCAGCAGCAGCAGCAGCGAAGUUGACCUGGAGUCCGAGGGAGCGCGGCCAGCCCUCCCCCCGGACGCUGCCCUGGAGUGAGCGCUCCAGCCAGAGGCGCCCGCGAGACAGCCAUGGCCGGCGAGCUGAGCAUCGGACCCGAGCUGCCCACCAGCCCCCUGGCCAUGGAGUACGUCAACGACUUCGACCUGAUGAAAUUCGACGUGAAGAAGGAGCCCCUGGGCAGAGUCGACCGGCCCGGCCGCCACUGCACCCGCCUGCAGCCGGCCGGCUCCGUCUCCUCCACCCCUAUCAGCACGCCCUGCAGCUCGGUGCCCUCCUCGCCCAGCUUCAGCCCCACCGAGCAGAAGACCCACCUGGAGGACCUGUACUGGAUGGCCAACAGCUACCAGCAGAUGAACCCCGAGACGCUCAGCCUCACCCCGGAGGACGCGGUGGAAGCCCUCAUCGGGUCCCACCAGAUGCCCCAGCAGCUGCAAAGCUUUGAGACCUUCCGGGCCCACCACCACCACCAUCACCAACAGCAGCACCACCACCAGUACCCGGGGGUCACCCACGAAGACCUGGCCAACAGCGGGCACCCGCAUCACCAUCACCACCACCACCACCAUCAUCACCAGGCGUCUCCCACCCCUUCCACCUCCUCCACCUCCUCCCAGCAGCUGCAGAACGCCCACCAGCAGCACCCUUCCUCCAACAGCGUGGAAGACAGGUUCUCGGACGAACAGCUGGUCUCCAUGUCGGUGAGGGAGCUCAACAGGCACCUGAGGGGCUUCACCAAGGACGAGGUGAUCCGCCUCAAGCAGAAGAGGAGGACGUUGAAGAACAGGGGCUAUGCCCAGUCCUGCAGGUAUAAGCGAGUCCAGCAGAAGCACCAUCUGGAGAACGAGAAGACCCAGCUGAUCCAGCAGGUGGAACAGCUCAAGCAAGAGGUGACCCGACUGGCCAGAGAAAGAGAUGCCUACAAGCUCAAGUGUGAGAAACUUGCCAGCAAUGGCUUCAGGGAGGCCGGAUCCACCAGUGACAACCCAUCUUCUCCUGAGUUCUUCAUGUGAGUCCUUUAAACACAACCCCCCCACGAUCUCCUCCUCCGCCUCUCCCAUCCUCCUCUGACAUCUCCAUCCAUCUGCCUGCUCGAGUAGAGAGGAAGAAGAGAGACUUAAUAUUUGCAGCAUCUUGUCUUAUAGAUUAGCUGUGAAAAGUAGGCUGGGGGUAGGUGGGGGAGAGAGAGAGAGAGAGAGAGAGACGUGCAACUUUUUAUCUUUAGUUCGCCAGUUAAAGAAAGAAACAGAAGAAAGGAAGGACAUGUAAAGCGUUUUUAUAGAUCGCUUGCUUUCAGAACUAUAUGGGCUCGUUGGUUUUUUUUAAAGGGACAAUGAACAAGCGAUCUAUAACAUAUUACCUGCUUGGGAGUCAAGGAAAGAAGACUCAUGCAGCAGCAGCUUAUGCACAUUUUACCUGCUUGGAAAGGCGAAUAAGUAAAGGACAAUAUAUGCAAAGCCCUCAUAUAUUGCCUGCUUUGAGAAAUAGUUACGGGACUCAGAUGGGACAUUCAGUACAAGACAAGAAAAAAAACAUCAGUUUUAUUGCCUGCUUGAUUAUAUAGAAAAAAUACGAAAAUCUGCAUUAAAAAUAUUAAUCCUGCAUGCUGGACAUGUAUGGUAAUAAUUUCUAUUUUGUACCAUUUUCUUGUUUAACUUUAGCAUGUUGAUCAUCGUUCAUAGCUUUGUUUCAUUGAUAAGAAAAGCAUCACAAGUUAUCAACUUUUUACUACUUGUGCAGUUUUGUUGGGUUUUUUUUUGUUUGGGGUUUUUUGUUUUGUUCUAGUUGUUAGCUUGUAAAUAUCUGCCACAUCAAACAGCACAGGAAGACAAAAUAACAUUUCAUCAGGCUGGUUAUAUGGUUUGUUAUUAAAGUAAAGAGAAUAAAAAGCGUUAUGGGCAUUUUUGUAUUUGCAUUCAGAAAACAACUUUGUAUAUUUGGUGCACUUUUAAGUUGUAAUUUUUUCUUUAGUUUUCAUUUUGGUUUUUGUUUGUUGGGGCAGAAUAAAAGCAACUCGAUUGCAUUGACAAACCUAAACUUAAUAAUAGUGAAAAAGGCCAGCAGCCUAGCAGCUAUAUCCUACUCCACAAUUUAAGUGGCAGUGAACCUAUUACUUUGACGUCAGGACAGUUAUCAGACAGCAGUGCGCAUAGCUUUGGCCAUAUUUUUCUCUGAUUUAUUAUACACUCAGGAAACAAAGAAUUUACAAUGUAUUUUCUUUUAAGAAACAAUUGAUUCUUGAUUUCCAAAACCCAGGAUGACAUGAAUCAGUUGCAAUCGCUGUAGGCGGAACAGUACACAACAAUAACAUGUAUCAGUUCCAGUUCUGAUUUCAGUUAGGUUUAUCAAUGGCAACAGAGGAUGAAAGGGCUUGGAAUGUAUAGAAAACUGAAACGUUUUUUAAAGAGACAUACUGCAACUUAAGUGUAUUAUUUGCAAUGAUUUUUAAUCUGCUUCUCUGCUUCCCCAUGCAGCAAAAGUUUUGGCCAAAUUGCUUUGCAGUUGUAUAGUAGUAGUUUGGAGUGUUAUGGGUGUUAUUACUUUUUUUUCCUCCUGCAGGUCAGAAAAAGGAUUUUACGUUGCACUGACAAAAAUACCAAAAUGAAAACUUAUUUUAGUUUCCUUUUAGGAUUGAUUGCUGGCACUGCUGGCCGGAUGCAUUUUAAGUUUGUAUUAGUUUAUAAAUUAACAGUAAUAACAAGAUUGUAAUGAACAGCAUGGUGCUUGCAGUUUUAAAUAUUGUGGAUAUUAGUCAUGCAUCAGAAAACGAUCUUUGGUUUUUACUGAUUCAACUGUGUUGAAAUCAAAACAUUGCAGCAGCGAAAAAAAUUGUUUUUAUUUCAUGUAAAGUUCUGAAGGGAUCAAUUUCAAAUCCUGCUUAUGAUAUGAAAAAUAUUAAAAAACCUGGUCUAUUGUAGUUUUAUUCAGACUGGUUUCUGUUUUUGGUUAUUAAAAUUGUUUCCUAUUUU